AUGCCGUCUGGAACUCCCAGCAGCUCCCGCCGCUCGCGCCCAACGCUCCGCCAGGCUACAUUUGUUCUCCCGAAAACAGGCCAGCGCCUGAAAGGCCUCGUUAACCUCCGAAACUCCACACCCAUAUCCGACGACACCGAGGAAAGGCGUGGGCUGCUCACAAACGAGAUCCAACAUUAUGAGGGGUACCUCGACGCGCUCACGCGCCGUAUACAUGAGAAAUGGACGCAGACAAAUCAGUUCGUUAGGUCAGAACCGGGAAUCGGGGUCUUGAAGUACAGUCUUGCGUAUUUGGUUGGAUCUCUCGCAACUUUUAUCCCCGCGAUCUCGGCCAUGCUGGGCCAUCAGGAUGGGAAACACAUGGUGGCUACAGUUACGGUCUACUUUCACCCUGCCAGAUCUCAGGGUGCGAUGUUCAAGGCCUUGAUUUGCGCGUUCCUGGCGUUCUGCUAUUCUACCUUUUUGACUAUUACCAGCAUGUUCGUGGAGAUGUUUUUCCAGGACACAUUGGAAUCACCUGCCCUUGGUCAUGCGGUGGUUCUGAUAGUAUUUUGUGGCGGUGGUCUUGGCUUUGUCGGCUGGACCAAGCAACGACUGGGAGAUCCUCUAGUGAACGUUGCAUGUUCACUCACUGCGCUGUCAACAAUCACCCUUUUGACCAAGGAAGGUUCUGUGCAAAGCGGCGACUUGUCCCUUGCCAAGAUCUUCCAAGUCUUGAAGAUGGUCCUGAUGGGCGUAUUCGCGGUCAUGGUCGUAUCCUUUUUCGUCUUCCCCAUAUCUGCGCGUAAAAAGCUACGCUCGAACCUCGUCACGGUGACUGAUACAUUAGCUCUCAUGAUGGCACUUAUCACGGAAAGCUUCUUGAGUGGGACUGAGGAGGUCCUUGUAUCGGCCGAAUUCCUUGAUGCAGAGGCGAGGCAUCGCAAGGCCUAUAGCCAGCUGGACAGGCUCGUCCGAGAAGCUAAACUUGAGCACUAUGUGGCAGGCACUGAAAAAGAGUACAGGCUCGAAAAGAACCUCGUCCGCUGGGUGCAAGAUAUCACCCAUAACAUGGGAGGACUGCGUAAUGCAGCUUCCCUCCAGUUCAGUUUGAUUCGUGAGACUAUCGCGCGUGAGUCUGCCUCUCCGGAAGAUCAGCAGUCUAGCUCGACUCAUGUGGACUAUUUCACGCCCCUCGAGCGAUCCUGGUCAUUCCCCGAUGGGUCGUUUCUAGAGCCUAUUGUUGAGCGACCAGAGGAGGAAUUAUCUCCCGGCGGUUCCCACCAUCUUGGAAGUGCUGAAUCAACACCCAGACCCGCACUUCUUCCCGCAGAUGUCUUCACUAUAUUCAUCUCUCACCUGGGUCCUGCAAUGCGAUCGUUGGCCUUUACGUUGAAAGAAAUCUUCAAGGAGAUUCCAUUUGGGCCUGCACCGGACUACAAAGUCUCAGUGAAUGGUCGAUUGCGAAUCAGUCUUGACCGGGCGCUUGAUCUUUACAAAGAAUCGCGCGAGAACACACUCGCAGCACUGUACCAACAAAAGGAAACCAUGAAACUGAAGACACGCGAAGCUGAAGCUGAUCUUGAGGAAGUCUCAGCCAGCUGCGGCCAUUUCAGCUUUUCCCUCCUCGAAUUUGGCGAGCAGCUCCGAGAGAUGCUUUCCAUUUUAGAUGAGCUGCAGUUGGAAGUCGAAGAGCGGCCUAGUGGGCGAACCUGGUCAUGGCUCAAAGUCUGGAAGUGGUCGAAAAAUACGGAAACCACUAAAAUAACCUCUUCUGAUGCUGAAGCAGUUUUCAGACCCUCCAAUUCACCCGCUACUGAGCAGCACCUCCAUGGACAUGCUAGACAUGCAUCAGACGGCUUGAUUGCACAUGAUAGACUCCCUGUCAAUAUUCAAACACAAAAAGGCCCUUCAGUACAUGAUACAACAAAACAAAGACUCGGUUACCGUUUAUGGAAAUGUCUUGGGUUCUUCCGACGAGAUGAUACAAAAUACGCGAUCAAGGUUGGGGCAGGAGCUGCAAUCUACGCCCUGCCUGCUUUCCUUCCUUCAACUCGUCCGUUCUAUGGACGUUGGCGGGGAGAAUGGGGUCUCUUGUCUUACAUGCUGGUUUGCUCAAUGACAAUCGGGGCCUCGAACACGACAGGGUAUGCCCGGUUCCUUGGUACUUGUUUGGGAGCAGCAGCUGCUAUCCUAGCAUGGAACAUCACCGCUGGAAAUGUAUUUGCUCUUGCGUUCUUGGGAUGGAUAAUGGCGGUCUGGACUGGAUACAUCACCAUUGUUCGUGGGAAUGGGCCCAUGGGCCGGUUUAUCAUGCUCACGUACAACCUCUCCGUGCUAUACGGCUAUUCCCUCACCCAGAAGGCAGCAAAUCUGGACGAAGACGAAGGUGGUUCUCAUCCAAUCAUGACCGAAAUUGCACUUCAUCGAGUUGUUGCUGUAUUUUCUGGAUGCAUUUGGGGAAUCAUCAUCACUCGACUGAUCUGGCCCAUCAGCGCAAGAAGUAGGCUCAAGGAGAGCCUAAGUCUUAUCUGGCUGCACCUUAGUCUUGUUUGGAAACGCGAUCCCCUAUCCAUUAUGGCUAAAGGUGAAAGGUCUGUUUUAUAUAUGACGCCCCGAGAGAAGCUUGAGAUUGAAAGAUUUUUGUCUCGGUUGGAGACUCUUCAAGCUGCGGCGGGCUCUGAAUUUGAAUUGAAGAGUGCAUUCCCUGAGGCCUCUUAUGCCAACAUUGUUCGCCGUACACGCAGCAUGGUGAAUUCUUUCCAUACUAUGAACAUCGAGCUGAUGAAGAAUGAUGUGGCCACUGAAGGUGAAAUCAGCCUUCUUCAAUACACAAAAUUAGAACGCCAACAGCUAUCUGCCCGCGUGAGCCAUCUAUUAUCAGUGAUUGCUUCAUCAAUGAAACUCGAGUACCCUUUGAGUGAUGUGCUUCCUAGCAUUGAGCAUGCCAGAGACCGCUUGCUUGCUCGCAUCUAUCGCUAUCGCUUGGAUCGUGAAGCAUCUCAACAAACCACAGAUGAGGACUGUGCUUUGCUUUAUGCCUAUAUUUUGGUGACAGGCCAAUUAUCGAACGAGAUCACCGAGAUCAUUGCGGAGAUCGGACAACUAUUUGGAGUAUUAAGUGAAGACGUAGUGCAGCUAGCUUGA